GCAUGCGCAACUGCAUUUAAUCUUCCUACCGAGUUAACGUGAGACACCUUUUGACAGCAAAGUGUUCACAAAGAACUUUUGAGUGCACCGUUUAAUGGUUCUCCUGACAUUUAGUGCAACGUUCAGGCGAUGUUUGUACGCUUCAGUCGUUUCGCCCGGUCCGGAAAAGUUACUUGUGUGACUUUAUUUGGGUCAAAAGGUAGUUAGUGAAGCUAGUUCCGCCUUGCUUUCUCCCUGUGAUGGACAGCCGCGACAAGUGUCAAAAGUAAUCAGGAGUCAACGAGAUUCAGGAUAAACACGUCUGCCGACUUCGGGGUACAAGUAACAGUUUACCAGAAACGGCACCCAGAGCUUUUAGUACUGACUGAAGGCAGUAAUACGCCCUGUAGGACAACACAGACUCUGAGAAAGAGGAGUACUGCAAUCACUGCUGCAAGUCAUCCUGCUGGAGCCAGGAGUCACAGUCAAACUGCAAGAACAGGGUUUCUGUGGAAGAGUUCUUGAUGAUCAAUGAUCUUCAAUAGAAGAGCUGCUGACUACUGAGUUUUUACACUGUAAUGGAAAAUCCUGAUGAUGAAGUCGACAACACAACGCGGGCUGAAGAAGGAAACUCUGGUGGUGGAACACCUCCAUCCAAACGCAAAGGCAAGUUCUCCAAAAUGGGAAGAAUUUUCAAGCCCUGGAAAUGGAGAAAGAAGAAGCCAAGUGAAAAGUUUACUGAAACAUCGAUAGCCUUGGAAAGAAAGAUUUCUGUCCGAAAAAGUCGGCAAGAGCUGAUUGCAAGAGGCGUUCUAAAGGAUAUCCCAGAGAAUGACAACAAUGAUGUAAACCACUCCAAAGGUCAACCAGUGAAAAAUGGACACCCUGUGCCAAUGGACGUUGAUAGGGUGUCUGAAGCAGGAGUGCGAAUGUCUCGAGGGGAAUCUGACAUCAAGGUGAAUUCCUUGAGGCCGCCACAAGCAGAUGACCGUCGAAGCAGAGCACCGUCCGAUGCCUCCCGAAGUAAUCGGGCACCUUUGGAUGUGGACUCUCACGCACGGCUUUCUGUGGACGUAGACAGACGAAGCCGCUUGCCAUCAGAUGUUGAUAAGAGAAGUGGGUCCUUACCUCGUGGACCACCACAAGAUGAUAGAUACCGCAGAGAAGAAAGGAGAGAUGGAAAAGAUGACAGGGAUGAAAGAGGAAGGAAAAAUAAGGAAGACAUGGAAAGAAGAGACUGGCGUGAAGAAAGGGAGGGGGGUGCUGACCGUAGGGAAGACAGAGACUUGAGAGAACGGCGCGACUGGAGAGAUGACAGAGAGAGAAGAGAUGAAAGAACAGAGAGAGACAUUAGGGAAAGGAGAGAUCGCGAUGACAGGGAACGAAAAGAACGAGAUGAUAGGGAACGCAGAGAUCGUGACGAUAGGGAACGUAUUAAUCGCGAUGAUAGGGAAAGGAGGGAACGGGAUGAGAGGGAGCGCAGAGACCGCGAUGAUAGGGAAAGGAGAGAUCGGGAUGAGAGAGAAAGAAGAGACAAGGAUGAGAAGGAACGGAGGGAUCGUGACGAGAGAGAAAGGAGGGACAGGGCAGAUGAUGGGGAUCGGCGGAUUGAGAGGAGAGACAACAGAGAUGACCGAGAAAGAGAGGAUAGGGAGAAGAAAGACAUUCGAGGAGAAAGAGAUGAUGGGGAUAGGAGAGAUAAUCGAGACAGGAGAGAAGACAGAGAGAGGAGAGAUGAUAGGGACAGAUGGGAUGAAAGGGCCAAGAGAAAUGAAAGAGAGCGAAGAGAUGAGAAGGAGAGGAGAGAAAAAACAGAGCCUCAGCGCUCGGGGGAUGACUCACGGCCUAUAGUCAGGCCUGUCUCUGAGAUGGACUUGCGACCAACUCUACAGAAAAGCUCUUCAGAGGAAAGCAAGAAGGCUCGCCCUGCCUCAGAGGCUGACAAAAGGAGUACCCUACCCAGGUACAUGCCAGCUGCAGAGUUCAGAGAACGCUCAGAGUCCGCUGGUGUCCGCUUCGCCCCUGACCCUCGUCCUGCAAAAGACUCCCAACAGGAACCUCCACCACCCAAACAGGCUCUGCUUCCCCCUGCAUCUCUCACUGCUCCCUCCACUGAUUCCACCAGGAGUCUAACCCCAUCCUCUUCCUCAUCAUCCUCUUCCUCUUCCUCUUCCUCCUCCUCUGCUGCUGUGCCUGUGGCCAAGCCACCGAGGACAGUCUCACUAAUAGUUGAUGAUCCACCUCGACCCUCCCCUGCUGCUCCUUCUUCAGCUGACUCUGAAGCACCGCCCCCUGUCCCUCCCCACGCCAAGCAGCCUCCCGUCCCUCCACCCAAACCCACCAACCGCAACAGCAACCCUGCGCUGCUUGCCUCCUCAUUGAACAGGGGCUCUAAGGUCAGGCAGCCUUGUUACUGGACCAGCUGGAAACGCCAGAGUGAGCUCGGCCUGUAUCUUUCUCUACCUGUGUACCUGCGGCACAGGGCUGCCCAGACCUGUUCAGCGGAGCUUUCACAGCCUGGCAGUGGUGUCAUCAUAGUGCCAGCACCGGCCAAGCGCUCUCCACCUACCCCACCAAAAAGAAUGACCCCUGUCACCAAGCGUCAUUCUGUGGACCCAUCUCCUCCCAGUCAGGUCCCAGAGACUCUGACCCCUGACUCCGCUUCUGCCCCUGUACCGAUGCCCCCUGCUGUACUCAAAGGAGACAGUGAGGACAAGACAGCACCCCCUCAGACCUCCACUGAGCCUCCGCCUUCGCCACCGUCCCACAUUCCUCCAUCUCCUCCCAGGGUUCAGUCCCUGCAGCCGCCCAGCAUCUCCUCCUCUGGUCCCUUGCCCACCGUGCAAGCUGAUCCACCGAGCCCGACCACCGAGCCGCCCAGCCAACUUCCAGCCAUCCCCCUGCACAUCCUCAUCCAGAGAGCACUGGCUAGCCCCGGCCCAGCUCAGCCCAACCCAGAUGGCUCCCAGAGGGCACACUCGCUGCUGUUUGAGUCUCCUCCAGAUUUCCUCAUCGAGGGAGCGGGAAACUCAAGGCACUCUCUCCCCAUCACCAUCGAACCUCUCAGGCUGCCAGAAGAUGAUGACUUCGACAUGGAAGAGGAACUGCGUAAGCUUCAUCCUCCAAGGCAUCCUCGCCAGAUGGAGCUGGAGCCCCGCAGCAGGAGAGCUAUGGUUGGAGACCCCAGAGUGAGCGUCAUCCAUGAGGGUGGAGGCCCCGGGGACAGUGAAGAGGAGUCCGAUUCUGACGGCCCCAUCCUCUACAGAGACGACGACGAUGAUGACGAUGACGACACCCCUCCAAGUGGGCUGGCGAGCCGUGUGAAGAGGAAGGACACAUUAGCCCUAAAGCUUGAGAGACAAGAGCGAGAGGAGCGCAACGCUCAGGAGAACCACGAAGACAUGAGUUGGCAAAACAGAGACCAGUGGCUGGAAGUGAGGAACAGGAUUGGUAUCACACUGAACAGGCGGCUGAGUCAGAGGCCAACAGCGGAGGAGCUGGAGCAGAGGAACAUCCUUCCAUCCAAGAACGAAACGGAUCGGCGGUUGGAGAGAUGCGAGAUCAAACGUAGGCUCACCAGAAAGCUGUCGCAAAGACCCACAGUGGCAGAACUGCAGGCGAGGAAGAUCCUGCGCUUCCAUGAGUACGUCGAGUCGACCCACGCCCAGGACUACGAUCGGAGAGCAGAUAAACCCUGGACCAAGCUCACUCCUGCUGACAAGGCUGCCAUACGCAAAGAGCUCAACGAAUUCAAGAGUUCAGAGAUGGAGGUUCACGAAGAAAGCAGGAUCUAUACCCGGUUCCAUCGGCCUUAGCUGGCCAUGCUGAGCAGUAAAGCAAUUAGACUGGGAGGAGUGAAGACGAACAAUUCCCUCUUCUCUCUAUGAGCUGAACAUGUGGCCCAUUCAGUCCAUUUUUACUGACUGCCUGCUAUCCUGCUUCAGCUGGACAUGCCGCUGUCACUGAUAACUGGAACCAAAGCGAAAGUAGCCACAAAUCAAUUAAACCUCGGGUGGUGCUUAGACCUACUCAAGGUCUUAGACUGUGGAAUUCAGGACGGGAGGAGUUUGUUGGUGCGUCCAUGUUGGAGGCACACAGUGCCAACACUAAAAGAGCGUGAACUCAAAGACUUAGAUUAAACUGACAGGAUAACUGUUGGAGGGUUAUCAGACUGUGUUCGUGUGGGGAAACCACUCACAUGCCUUUACCUGCCUUCACAUGAAAUGUUCACUUCUUCACAGAACAGGAAGACUAUGCACAUAAAGAGAUCACUGUAACACUGACGAUGGUACCACCAAACUAAUCUGAACUUGUAUGUUAGGUACUGCAAAGGUGCCAUACAGCACCAGCCUUACUCCUCACAUGAUCUCACACACUUGUGUAAUUUAAGAUUCAGACAAAAUGUGAAAGACUAAUGUGUUUCUUAUUUAAAUAAAACUCGGUCAUAGCUCAUUUUGAAUCAACAGUUUGAGCUCUGAGUGCUGAUUCCAACCUAAUAUUUGAAAGAGUGCAUUUUACUGUAUUUUGUUGAUCAAUUAAUUGAUUCUCAUGGAGCACAUAUUAUAUUGUUUUCUAAUAAGGCACCUUAUGUUCCUUAAUUGGGUGUGUAGAAAUGUAAAAGGUUCAAGCCUAUAAUUCUGUGUUUAUAACUGAAUUAUUCAAGCAGGAGAAUGUACAUAUUUUUAUUUUCCUGGCUGUUUUAUGGUACUUUAUAUAUGCAAGUCCAUAGUUGGCUUGCAACUGUAUAAAUCACUGAUGUAGAUUGACUUUAUAUUGUACAUCCACAAUACUGCUGACAUGUUUUAAUUGUAAAGUAUUUUCUGAAUGAUAUUUCCUAGUAGUAAUAGUAACUGUUUUUUCCCCCUUUUUUUGAUACUGAGAUCUUUAACAUGUUUUUUUUGCAAACCUCACUGUAUAAAUGAACAAUCCACUCAGAAAUUAAAAUAACCUGUGAUUUCCCUUUC